GCCCUACAACAUAACCUCGCCGAGUAGGCCUCCCCUCCGCGCGCAUGCGUCGUAGCGCCAGGAAGCAAAAGGCAGGCCUUUCUUUACCACCCUCGCCUCUCGCUCUUCGCUGCCUCCGAGACGACAACGCGGCCGCCGCCAUGCCGAAGCUGAGCAAAGAGUCCAAGCAGCGCCUGCAGCACUUGUUCAAGGGCGGGCAGUUUGCCAUCCGGUGGGGCUUCAUCCCGGUAGUACUAUAUCUAGGAUUUAAGAGAGGUGCAGAUCCUGGAAUGCCUGAGCCAACCGUUCUGAGUCUACUAUGGGGAUGAAGGAGUUAACCACAGCAUUAUGGAAGCCGGCUGCUGAGCAGGAAAAAAAGAUGGAGAUGCAUGCAUUCCAAAGGCUAGGAAAAACAACACUGAGCUAUGCCACUGGCAAGCAGACUUCCCUGACAACAUGGAAUAUGCUUACAACAUAAUGGAAUUUCCAUCUGUCUAAUUUAUUUGUGUUACACUUUCAUUUUUUCCCUUUAGAAUAAAUAUUUUGUCUGAAA